AUGCAAACCGAAAUCUUUACGAAUGAGAAUGAGAAUGAUGAUUUAAUCUAUGGAGAACCUCUUCACGAUGACGUCAUCAAUACAUUUUGCGAUAAAUUACAAGCGGUUUGUCCGAAGAAAAUUGAUGGAUUAUUGGCGAUUCAAGCAGUUAUGUGUGAACCAGAAUGUGUUGCGAAAAAUGUGAAAGGGGAAAAUGAGGCGAUUCAGAUAUUUUAUGAUAGAGCAAGAGUUCACUAUGUUAUGGUUUAGUGAGUUAACUCUUGAAUAUGAUUACUUCAACAAAAAUCGGAUGUUUUUCAGCUUCAAACCAUCUUCAGAUCAAAUCAUGUUCUAUGAUAGUUAUCAACGUAAUCCUUAUAUUCUAGAUGAAGUUCUCGAAAACAUCCAAUGUUAUUUUUCCCAUUUGUUCGAAGAUCAAUCAUUUGAAAUUGGAGUUGAUUUGAACUUCGAACAACAAAAUGACACUUUCAGUUGUGGAUAUCGAGCAAUUGGAGCAGUUUUGGAUUUGGCUCGUGGUUUGAAUCCAGCAAACCAGGUUUAUAGCCGACGAGCAAUCUUCAAUUUUAUUCGAGAUGUUAUUAAUGAGAAAAAUCCAGAUUGGGAAAUGUUUCUGAAUGCUGAUAUUCAUCGAGGAGAAGCUGAGACUUUAGAAGAAAAUAUUCAUAGAAUAAUAAUCUCACCUGAAGAACCUGAAGAACCCGAAUUGCCAUCUAUAACAAUGUCGACACUCUCAACCACAUCUUUGGAAUCUUUGAGAACUGAAGCGGGUAUAGAAGAACAUAUUGAAGAACCGGAGAAAGAAGAAGAAGAAAAAUACGAAGAAAAGGAAAUUGAACAAGAAAAGGUUCAAGGACUUUUCGGAUUCGCUGCUCUCAAAAAAUGGCUCUGGAAUUUGUGA